AGGCACGUGGUUAAGCUCGCAGGAGGUGGAUUCCAUCGGUGUUAAUUUCAGUUCCUUUUGUAAGAAGAGCUCAGAAUCAUAAGAGGGAAACUUGCCCCAAAGAUGAGCCUCGCAUGUACAACCUUGGCCAGCUUCCUCCUGAUUUUCAUUGUUUCCAACAAAGGUACAGUCUCUCAAAUUACUGAGGUUGUCUGGGGCACCGUGGAUCAAAACAUCAACCUGGACAUUCCUGAACUUUCAAAACAUGAUAAUGUAGAUCAUAUACGAUGGCAGAAGAAUGAAAACAAGAUCGCAGAAUUUAAAAAAGACAAAGCAACUCACCCCGUGAAAGACACAUACAAGAUGUUACCAAAUGGAACUCUGAGAAUUAAAGAUCUGAAGAGAGAUGAUGAGGGUACCUACAAGGUAACUGUCUAUGCUACGGAUGGAAAAUACAUGCUGGAGAAAAAAUUUGAUUUGCAGAUUCUAGAUGGGGUCUCAAAACCUGUAAUCUCCUGGAGCUGUGCCAACAAAACGGUGACCUGUGAGGUAGCAGAAGGAAGUGACCCUAAGUUAAAACUGUAUGUAAAUAAGUCCACUGCCAGAGAAGGUCGUCAGAAGGUCAUCCUGUGGAAGUGGAGCACCAAAUGGAGCACAUUAUUCAAGUGUGUGGCCAGUAACAAUGCCAGUGAGCAAAUCAGCAUGGUGACCAUCAGUUGUACGGGGCAAGGUCUGGAUAUCUAUCUCAUCAUCGGCAUCUGCGGAGGCGGCACCGUCUUCCUCAUCUUCAUAGCACUACUCAUAUUCUACACCAGCAAGAGGAAAAAGCAGAGCAGCAGGAGAAAUGAUGAGGAGCUGGAGAUAAGAGCGAAGAGAGCGAGCCCCGAGGAAAGGGGCCGGAAGCCCCAUCCAUUUCCAGGCUCAACUCCUCAAAAUCCGGUCAUUUCCCAAACUCCUCCAAUGCCUGGUCAUCGUUCUCAGGCACCUACUCCUCGUCCCGGGCCUCCUGGCCCCCGUGUCCAGCACCCACAGAAGAAGAGGCCUCCUCCUACCCCGGGCAUACAAGUUCACCAGCAAAAAGGCCCUCCCCUCCCCAAGCCUCGAGUUCAAACAAAACCUACCCAUGAGGCCAAAGAAAACUCAUAACUCUGUCUCCUGACGCAGUUGUCCCUUCCCUCUAAUUAAAAGGGAACAGAAACUGUCCUUUCCUGUAAAAGGCACUGUGGAGUUUCUCCACUCCAGGCGCGCAUGCUAGCCACUUCCAUCAAUCGUGCUCUGCAGGGGGACCGGGACAGCUCCCAAGCCCAAGACCCACAGCCCUGUCUGCACCAUCUAACUCAGCCCUGAGGCCUGACAUCUGGAGUCUCUGGCCUCCUCCACCACUCCAGGAAGGGAAAAACCGUCAAAGAGUACGGAUUAGGAUGAUGGGUGAGCACAAAAUCCUGGAGAUCUCUCAGCCUCUGUCUCACACCAUAUGCAGGCAUCAGAUAUCAAGCAGAGGGUGUGGCCGUGUCUUGUUGCAAGCAGCCUGCCUGCUGGAGACAUGCUUGUCAUUUGCUCACCUCAUUGGGAGUAGAAGUGAAAUAAAAGGCUUGACCUGA